CAGCACAACUUUUUCUCAAAGACGAUCAAACAAGUUCAUUCUAGAAAAAACCAGUCGCACAAGAAGCUUUCAAAUUUCAAAAACCCUACGAUACCAUGGCUAGGGACUACAACUAUUAUUCUUACUGGGACUACCUCUCCAUCCCUCUCCACCUUUGCUUCUUCAUUUCCAUCCUCGUCUUCAUCUUGGGCUUCACAUGGUACAUCAACUACGAGUCGAUGUUUGAGGAUUUGAUGACUCAGGUCAAACUCUUCCUCAUGCUUGUUCCGCUGCUGCUUCUUCUCGUCGUCCACUGCUUAUCGGGUGGCUUGUCGUUCUUUGUGCCUUUUCCGGAGAAGGAUUCGCUGCAUAGGGCCGGAGGGUCUCCGUGGGGUGUUGGACUUGUGCUUGUGUUCCUCUUGAUCAUGAUCUCUUACCAGUCUUCUUUCCACGAACGAUGGUUUCCCUUACUAAGCAGAUGAUGAUGGUGAUUUAUUAGGUGUAUAUACAUAAUAUAUAUUUUCAAUGAAAUGGGUAUUUUGUAGUAAUAGUACUAAAGCUUGGGAUUUGCUUGUUCUUUUUGGCAUACAAAUCAAGCUAGCUAGCUACUUUUUUUUUUUUCUUUUUUUUGGGGGGGGGGGGUUGAGAUAAUUGUAUGUAACUUGGUGUUAUGAUAUUCCACUUAUGAAGAA